CAUUUCAUCUCCCCGACGAUCUCUUGCCCUAAUCAUUACUACUCUCGGUCACUGUAAGUCUCUCUGCCCAGAAUCCUUUGAGAUGAUGAUGCGAUCGUCUCUAUCCUCAAGAAGGCCUUUGAACUUCAGGCGGUUCCGACUAGAUGGACGCCAGGCGGACUACCAGGAGCCAGGGCAAUUUAGUGGGGUCGAAUCAAGGCCAGGGAGCUCAGUUUCCCCCGCCAGCUAGGGGCCGAGGUAGAGGUCCAAGGGGCAGGGCUCGUGGUCGGGGUGAUGAGAACCCGCCACAGGCUACCUAGGCUCCCCAAGCCGAUCAGGGAGCCCAGAAUUGGGAGGUUAGGUUUGCUGAAAUGCAAGCCAGAAUUGAAGAGCAAGACCUCGAGAUACAGAGAUUGAGGCAGCAGGGUGCUCCUGCAGUGCCUGCGCCAGUAGUUCCAGUUGUACACGCCCCUGCUGCUCAGGGCCGAAAUAGUUGUGGCGGCCAACAGAAUGUAACCUUUGUAUGAACGGUUCCAGAAGCAAGCACCUCCGGUCUUUCUGGGAGGUCCAGACGUGAUGAAGGCCGAACAGUGGCUAACGGUGAUCACUAAAAUUCUGAACUUUAUGGGUGGCACCGGUAAUGACAGAGUGGUGUGUGCCACUUUCCAGUUCCAGGAAGACGCUCUGGUCUGGUGGGAUAUGGUGUCUCAGAUUCACGACGUCAGCCCUAUGACCUGGGAAAGGUUCCAGGAACUCUUCAACGCCAAGUAUUAUAACGAGGCGGUCAGAAGCGCCAAGAGGAAAGAGUUCGCCCACCUGACCCAGCGGGAGUAUAUGAGCGUGACAGAAUAUACUACUCAGUUCGACCGGUUGGCGAGGUUAGCCUCAGAUAUAGUGCCAACCGACUUCAGCAAGAAAGAGAAGUACCUGGACGGGUUAAAUGCGAAGAUUAAACAUGAUUUGAUGAUCACCACUGACGACAAGACCACCUAUGCUGAGAUGGUGGAGAAGGCACUGCGAGCUGAGGGUGCAGUUGGGUGUAUGUCGGAGUCGGCUAGUACUCCGGUGAGUGGCGGGGCUCCUACCCCUCGUGCAUCAGGUUUUAGCAGUGGGAGUAGUGGUUCGGCCAUGGAUCAGAGGAAGAGAGCAUCCACUGCAUCCGGUGGCUCGAGUCAGAACAAGAGGUUCCGGGGGAACCAGAAUAGAGGUAGUCGUUCUAGUGGUGCAGAGACCCGGUUCUCCUAUCCCGAGUGCCCAGCUGCUAAAGGCACCAGCGGGGUGAAUGCAAAGGUCAGGGAUGCUUUCACUGUGGCAUGCCCGGACACUUCAAGAGGGAUUGUCCCCAGCUCCGCUCAGAGGCACCGAGGGCUCCGGCGAUACCCACUCCAGCUAGGGUGUUCGCCAUCACUCAGGCUGAUGCAGAUGCCAGCCCAUCAGUUGUAAUAGGUCAGCUUUCUGUUAAUAACUCGCUUUACUCAGUACUGUUUGAUUCUGGGGCUACACAUUCUUAUGUGGCAGCCAGAGUCUUUAGUAAAUUGGAUAGACCUUAUGAUAGAUAUGAAUCAGGGUUUGGAACCCUAUUACCUAACGGAGAGUUGGUUAUCUCCAAAAGGUGGAUUAGGUCUAUGCCGAUCAGAAUAGAUGGUAGAGAGUUAAGUGUUGAUUUGAUAGAGAUGAGCCUAGUAGAGUUCGAUAUUAUUUUAGGAAUGGAUUUCCUAUCUAAAUAUUCGGCGAGUAUUGAUUGCAAAAGGAAGAUGGUGAUCUUCCAACCGGAAAGUGAAGAACCUUUUGUGUUUGUUGGUUCGGUUCGGGGAUCUCAGCUAGAGAAUUAUUGCAUGGCGGUUGUUUAGGCUUUCUGGCCGUGGUGGUGGACACCACUCGGCCAGAUACCAUUCGGCCAGAGGACAUCAAGGUGGUUCGGGAAUUUUUAGAUGUUUUUCCCGAAGAACUUCUAGGGUUACCACCUCAGCAGGAGAUUGACUUCGUGAUAGAUUUGGCAUCAGGGGUGGAACUGGUUUCCAAAGCCCCAUAUAGAAUGGCUCCAGCUGAACUUAAGGAAUUAAAGAUUCAGCUCCAAGGCUUGCUUGACAUAGGGUUUAUCCGACCUAGUGUGUCACCCUGGGGAGCCCCGAUUUUAUUCGUCAAGAAGAAAGAUGGAACUAUGAGGAUGUGCAUCGAUUACAGAGAAUUGAACAAGCUGACAGUGAAGAAUAAAUAUCCAUUACCUAGGAUCGAUGAUUUGUUCGAUCAGCUUCAGGGGAAGACGGUCUUUUCUAAGAUUGAUCUCCGUUCGGGUUAUCAUCAGUUAAAAAUCCGAGAGGAGGACAUUCUGAAGACGACUUUCCGCACUAGGUAUGGACAUUAUGAAUUCCUGGUUAUGUCGUUCGGACUAACCAAUGCUCCUGCUGCAUUCAUGGAUUUGAUCAACAGAGUAUUCAAGGAUUUCCUCGAUAUCUGUGUGAUUGUGUUUAUCGACGACAUCCUUGUGUACUCUCAGUCAGAAGAGGAGCAUGAGUUACAUCUUCAGAUGGUACUGCAACGGCUUCGGGAACACGAGCUUUAUGCCAAGUUCAAGAAAUGUGAAUUCUGGCUAUCUCAGGUGUCCUUCUUAGGGCACAUCGUCAGCAAAGAUGGGAUCAAGGUGGAUCCCGGGAAGAUAGAAUCCGUCAGGGAUUGGCCCAGACCGAAGACAGUGAUAGAGAUCAGAAGCUUCUUGGGUUUUGCUGGGUAUUACCGUACGUGGAAGGGUUUUCAAAAAUUUCAAUGCCCUUAACCGAACUUACAAAGAAGAAUCAGCGGUUUGUCUGGUCAGACAAGUGCGAAGCUAGUUUUCAGGAGCUGAAACAGAGGUUGAUUACCGCUCCAGUGCUAGCUUUGCCUUCAGACAAUGAGAAGUUUGUAGUUUAUUGCGAUGCAUCCAGACAGGGUCUGGGGUGUGUGCUGAUGCAAGCCGAUCGGGUCAUCGCUUAUGCUUCCCGACAGUUAAAGGAUUAUGAACAGCGAUACCCGACUCAUGAUCUAGAGUUGGCCGCAGUGGUUUUUGCAUUGAAGAUUUGGCGGCAUUACCUUUACGGAGAAAGAUGUGAAAUCUAUGCCGACCAUAAAAGUCUCAAGUAUUUCUUUACUCAGAAAGGUUGGAAUUAGUCAAAGAUUACGACUGUGAGAUUCUUUAUCAUCCUGGGAAAGCCAAUGUAGUGGCCGAUGCCCUGAGUAGGAAGGGUCCCGAGCAGGUAGCUAGCAUGGUUCAGAUCUCGCCUCAACUAGCAGAGGAUAUGGUUAGAUCCGACAUUGAGUUUGUGGUAGGUCAGCUUCACAACUUAACGCUGCAAUUGGAUCUGUUGGAAAGAAUUAAAGCCGCUCAGAUGACUGAUCCAGAGUUAGUGAAGAUCAGAGAUGAGGUUUUGGCUGGUCAAGCCAGGGACUUUUCAGUGUCAGAUAACGGGAUGCUUCUGUAUAAAGCUAGGGUUUGUGUUCCGAAUAGUGUGGAACUCAGAAAUGAGAUCUUUGAGGAGGCUCAUUCUACCCCUUAUUCUCUACAUCCCGGCACCACUAAGAUGUACCAAGAUCUUAAACCGUACGUCUGGUGGAGCAGUAUGAAGAAGAAUUUGGUAGAAUUCGUAUCGAGAUGCCUCACUUGUCAGCAGAUUAAGGCUGAACAUCAGAGACCAGCAGGGUUGUUGCAGCCUCUAACCCUACCAGAAUGGAAAUGGGAAGAUAUCACGAUGGAUUUUGUGGUCGGGUUACCUAAGACCACGAGUUUGUUUGAUUCCAUCUGGGUAGUGGUGGAUCGAUUCACGAAAUCUGCUCAUUUUCUGCUUGUUAGAACAACUUUUACAGUGGAUCAGUUGGCAGAAUUGUAUGUCAGAGAGAUUGUAAGGCUUCACGGGGUACCAAAGUCUAUAGUUUCGGAUAGGGAUCCGAAAUUCACCUCCAAGUUUUGGCAGAGUUUGCAACGAGCAAUGGGUACAAAGUUGAAAUUCAGUACAGCAUUCCAUCCUCAGAGAUAUGGUCAGUCCGAAAGGACAAUUUAGAUAUUGGAGGACAUAUUGCGAGCCUGUGUUAUGGAUUUUGAAGGCUCUUGGAAUAAAUAUCUACCGUUGAUAGAAUUUUCUUACAACAACAGUUAUCAGAGUACGAUAGGGAUGGCUCCCUAUGAACUGUUAUACGGUAGGAAGUGUAGAUCUCCCAUCCACUGGGAUGAGACAGGGGAGAGAAACUACUUAGGUCCCGAGUCAGUGCAGCGGACCAAUGAGGCAAUAGAGAAGAUAAAAGCUAGAAUGCUUGCCUCACAGAGUAGACGGAAAAUUUAUGCAGAUCCGAAACACAAAGAUGUGGAGUUCCAAGUAGGGGACCAUGUGUUUUUACAGGUAUCUCCAAUGAAGGGGAUCAAACGCUUCGGGAAAAGAGGCAAGUUAUGCCCUAGAUUUACAGGACCUUUUGAGAUUCUCGAGAAGAUAGGUCAAGUGGAAUAUCGGUUAGCGUUGCCUCCAGCUUUAUCAGCAGUUCACAACGUAUUCCAUGUCUCGAUGUUGAGGAAAUACGUUUCGGAUCCCUCUCAUAUACUCAGUUAUGAGAGUCUAGAACUGCAGCCAGAUAUCACUUACGAAGAACAGCCAGUGCGGAUCCUGGAUAUAAAGGAUAAAGUCCUUUGGAAUAAGACCAUAGCUUUGGUCAAAGUUCUCUGGAGAAACAGCAAGGUGGAGGAAGCCACCUGGGAGCUAGAGUCAAAUAUGAGAGCUCACUAUCCAGAGUUGUUCAGGUUAGAUUUCGGGGACGAAAUCCUUUUAAAGGGGGAAUAGUUGUAAAGACCGCUUAGUGUAAUUUGGAAAUUAGCAGUUAAUCACGUUUAAUUAUGAAAUUAUUUAUAGCUAUUUAAAUAAUUAUUUAUACGGUUAUUAUUGAUUUCUGAGAUGCAUUUUAUGUCAGUUAGAAGUUUUCAUAAUUUUGCAUUUUCGGUGCCCGGUAACAUGGAACUCGGUGUUUGGCUCAGUAAAAUCACAACUUAGUAUGUUAGUAGUUUGGGACGGUUUAUUAGACUUUGGGAAUGUCGUUAAUGGCCGGGAAUUUAGAAUUUCCCAAAAAUACCCCUUUAGUGUCAUUUAUGUGAUUUUAGUGUGAAGGGGCAAAAUGGUCAUUUUGCCCCAUUGUUAGUUUGUCUUUUGUGGCUUAAUAUUUAGAAAAAUAUAUGUUUAUUUUAUUAUUAUUUUGGGCUUAAGUAAAAAGGAAUAAGUGGCAUUUAAAUUUCAUUUUCAUUUCAAAAGUUAGAAAAAAAAUAGAAAAUUUCUCAAAACUCUCUCUCUUUUCCUCUCUCUUUCGGCCCCCUUUGAGCAGCAAGAAAAGAGGAUUUUCCUCUUGGAUUUCAAGCCCUCCUUAACAAGUUUAAGUGUUCAUAGUUGUUGGUAUGUUUUCUACACCUUUCUUGUAUGUUUUCUUGAAUUUUUGAAGAGAUUUGGUAGGUUGCAUGCUUAGUUUUAAGUUGUUCUUGCUGCUGGUUUUGAUGAUUAAUUCUGUAGUUAACGCAUGAUAAUUUGAAGUUAUUUAAGCUGCUAGUAAUGCAUGAUAUUUGCUUUGUUUCAAGCUUGGAUUUGUUAGCUCAAAACUAUGGUUUUCAAAGAGAAUUGGUCAAAAUCUGUUGCUGUGAUUUUGUUGAUGAUUGUAGUAGUUUUCAGAGAUUAUUUUAUGCAUGUUUAAGUAGGUUUGGACUGGUUUGAAUGCAUGUUAGUUGGUUUUAACCAAGUUUGAGUUUGGAACUCAAAGCUUGUGCUUUAAUGGCAGUUUUUGUUUCUGUGCAAUCUGGGUGAGUUUGUUGCCUUAGAAAUGUUAUUUGGGUCCUAUAAAACAGGUCUGGAAGGUUUGAGGUUGUUUGGAUUAGAUUUGAGCAUUGUGUGAAUUUUUGAAAAUCUACCUGGGAGGAACCAGAAUUCCGGUUGUGCAUCCGGACUUCCGGAUGGGUUUCGAAAAUUCCCAGAACCGGAAUUCCGGUUGGACAACUGGUCUACCGGUUGGGGAAAUUUUAGAAACCCUAGUUUUCCUCGAUUUUAUGUUAUUUGGGGUAUUGCCAUCCUUUUUAUCGAUAGGGAAACUUUUAGUUCCUAGUUUAAGUCCCCAGGAAGAUAUUUAGCGUAUCACUUAUAGUGUUGUGAUUUUUAUGGUUUAGGAGCCUGUAAUCCGCUGCGCAGAUAGUUCCUGUCAAGUUGACCGGCACACCUGAAUUCGGAAUCCAGGUAAGGGCAAGGCUAGAGCUGAUGGACCGUGAACGAGCCUAUGAAGAUUGUACAUGUCGGGGCGGUUAGGCCUGGAGCGUACGAUCAUCGGGACAGCGAGGCUAUUUUUGUAACUAGUCGCUAGGCGACAAAUAUUUUGUAUAGACAGUAAACUUUUGUAAAUGGUUUUCUAAUCGGGAUCCCGAGUAUUUUGUAUAAAUAUUUUACAAGUUUAAUUAAAAAGCAAAAAUUUUAAUUAAUCACGUUUUCCAUAAACCUCGUUGAUUAGCAACGA